AUGAUAUCUGAGUUUCUGCGGAAUUGGGGCUUGUCACUGUCUAUGAGAAGAUCACUCCUGGCACUUGCAUUGACGUGCAAGUUGUUCGCUGGACCGGAAUUAGACCUUUCGUGGCGAUACCUGGGUGACCUCGAGCCACUUAUUAGAUGCCUCCCACAGAGCCUAUGGAAACAGAACAAAGAUAUAGACAAGCUAGAAUUUCAAAGGGCCAUGACCUUCGAUGACUGGGUCCCGCAUACUCGGUCCAUCCCAAAGUGGUUCUCAUCUAACAUCAUGUCUGCGGAUACACAAAAGCUCAUGCAGCGCCCCGUGUUCUGCGCGAUACAAGAACUGGACGUACCAUGCAAAAAUCGGGUGCGGCUCAAGAUUAUUGAUGGGCGUGCUCAUCACAAUGCUUCAAUCAAAGCUGCAGCCUUCCAACCGCUCUUUGCCUUCCUCAAUCUUCGCAAGCUCGACUUCGAAGUAUAUGACUACUGUAUUGUCCAAAUGGACGAUGCUGUCAUUGUGCAGAUGGCCAAGGCCUUGCGCCUCCUCGAAGAGUUAUACAUCACCAGAUACACCCAUUCGCGUUAUCAAGCGUGGGACCCUCAGUUCGAUGGGGAUGACGACUAUCUGGAAAACUCCCCACAGUGGGUUCCCGUCCAGGACUUGAUCGAGACGUUAUCCAUCAUCCGUGAUCAGGGAAAGAGAAUGAUGCUGAAUGAGCUGAUGAAGAAUGGUGAGGUUCGUAUGACCACUAAGGGGCGGCGGGCUGGAAAUGGGGAAGCCACUGCCGUUGGUGACAUCGGUGAAAAUGGAGAGACAUUCGAAGAAGAGAGCGGAAGCGAGAGCGAAUUAUUUGACUGA